AUAGAAAGCUUUAGAAAUAGUAAUUUUAUCAAGUCAGAGUUGAAUUUAAUUUCUAAUUUUUAAAUCUUUUCCGACUUUCCAAGUUACUUUUUUAAAUAAGAUUUUAAGUGCGAAAAUCAUUAAAACAAAAUGUCUCAUCUUAUAAGGAUUGCAAAUCAGUAAUUUUAAUGUUCUUUACGCAUAUUGAGCAUUUUAAUUGUUUCAUUAACUGUGACGUGAUAUGUACUUAAGGAGUUAAUGCACAGUUUGAAUUCUUUUAUGUUGAUUAAAAUUUAAGCAAAAAAUUUAUUUAAAAGUAUGGCUGCUAUAAGUGUUUAUAUAAUUAGCAAAGCGGGUGGAAUGAUAUAUCAAUAUGAUCAUAACCCUAUUACUAUUGAAUACGAGAAAACUUUUAGCUUUCCUCUUGACUUAGUCCUAGAAUUUGUAAACAAUCGUUUGACUGUCACUUUUGGACAAAUGGAUAAUAUCAAAGUUGGCCAUAUAAUUUUGUCUGUCAAUGGCAUUCCACUUUCUGGUCGUAAACUCACUGAUAAUCGUGAUGUUAUGGAAGUUUUGAAAUCAGAAGAAAACUAUCCUAUAAGUAUCAAAUUUGGUAGGCCUAAAUUGGGAACUAAUGAGAAAAUUGUAUUAGCCAGCACAUUUCAUUCGUUAUUUGCAAUUGCUUCCCAAUUAUCUCCUGAACCCCAUUGCUCUGGAAUUGAAGUUUUGGAGGCUGAUACAUUCAAGCUGUAUUGUUAUCAAACUAUUACAGGUACAAAAUUUAUGGUUGUAGCAGAUUUUAAGCAAAGUGGAAUAGAAAGUCUCCUUAAGAAGAUACAUGAACUUUAUGCAGAUUAUGCCUUGAAGAACCCAUUCUAUGCUUUAGAAAUGCCCAUCAGGUGUGAGCAGUUUGAUGUGAAUCUCCAAGCUGUGUUGGAACAAGUAGAAAAAACAGGAAUGAGCAAUAUUUAACCUACUAUAAAGAAAUAUGUUUAUGUAAUUACAUUUUUUAUAUCAAACUCAUUGAUCGUGUUAUGUCUAAAAUUUAAUUAUGAUCAUAAUUAACAUGUUUAUAAUUUUUUUAUUAUUUUCCUGAUUCUUUUUCAUCACGUGUAUGUAAAGUAAUUAUUUAUUAAAAUAGUGGUAGUUACUUAAAGGAGACAUGUAUUAACUUGAUCAUAAAUUGUCUGGGGGAAAAAACCCAAACAAAUAUUGGAAAAUGCAUAUAUUAUUAAAAUUUCUUUAUGAUAA